UCUGUCAUUUUCUUUUCCCUAGUGAAUUGUGGAAAGCCUGAUGUGGACUUUAAUGGGAUGGUGUAUGGGAGUGAUUGGUGGGUGGGUUCUGUAGUGCGGUACGACUGCAGGCCAGGGUUCGUGUUGGUGGGAGAUCCUGCCCGAGCCUGUCAGUCCAAUGGGAAAUGGACACCCAAACCGUCCUGUCUCAGAGUGUGUCAUCGUGGCCGGGUUGAGAUCAGUGAGAAGGACAUUGACGGGACAUGUUCGUCCACCUGUCCUGAUGCUAAGAGCUAUGCAAUCCCUCUGAACCACAAAUGCAGUCGAAUUGAGAACUGCAGAACUAAAGAAUCGGGCUGGAAGCACUGGUUUACACGCUGCAACUACUGCGACUGUGACUGCUUCACUCCCUGCGAAAUCAUGGCUUUAUAGAGGAAAACUCACCUGAGUGGUCAUCACGUCCCCCCAGUCCUGGGAAAGGCAGCAAAGCUG